AUGCUAAGCCUUGCCUCACAGAUCGAAGCUGUCGCCAGUUCCCCGCCUAAUGAUGUUGGGGAACGACGCGCUCUUUAUGACGCUGCUAGGAAACUACUAAACGUUAUCGAGGAUCCUUUUGAUACCAUCUACCGAGUGAACAAUUCACCCAUGAUCCUUACUUUCUCUCAUAUCGCUUGUGAGCUCGGAAUAUUUAACUCGCUCGCCAAUUCUACGCUUCCAGUCACAACUACGGCACUUGCCCAGUCCUCCGAAGCUGAUCCAUUGCUACUUAGCCGUAUUCUUCGAUUCUUAGCCUCUCAUGAUCUUAUUUUGGAGGCCGAUGAGAACAGCUAUGUUGCCACUACAAUUACUCGGACCUUAGCUCGCCCAGGCUUUAAGGCAGGAAUCGCGCAUUCUUUCAUGGCCAUUAUGCCGUGUCUUUUGGCUGCACCUCAAUUCUUAGCUGAUACGAAGUAUGCCAACCCAGAUGACUUGGUGCAUAGUCCCUUCCAGUCUGCCCACAACACCAAAGAACCAGCAUUCGCAUGGGCCAUGAGGCAGCCAAGAAUCAUGGACGAUUUCAACCUAUGGAUGUCUGAGCUUCAUGAUGGCCGGAAAUCUUGGUUGGACGUUUUUGAUUUCGCCGAACACGCUUCAAACGCCUCUGAAGACACUCUUCUAUUUGUGGACAUUGGUGGUGGCAUUGGUCAGCAAUGCGCUUUGCUAAAAAAUGUCCAUCCUAAGUUGUUAGGCCGUGUUGUGUUACAAGACCAGCUUUUUGUUAUUCCACAAGCUAUUCCAGUUGAAGGAGUCGAGAAACAAAGCUAUGAUAUCUGGACCGAGCAGCCACUUAAAGGUGCCAAGGUCUACUACCUCCGUAACAUAUUACAUGAUUACCCAGACGAAAAGAGUAUCGCCAUCAUUCAGAAUACUCUACCCGCGAUGUCUUCAGAAUCGGUCCUCGUUAUCGACGAGAUUAUUAUUCCUAACAAAGGCGCCCACUCGCGAUCAACAGAAAUUGACAUGACCAUGAUGGUUAGCUUUGCCUCAACCGAGAGAACGGAAAAGCAGUGGAGUAGUCUGCUUGAAAACGCUGGCCUAAAAGUCUUGAGCAAAAAUGUAUACAAUGAUGCCACAGGGCAGAGCGCCAUUAUAGCAGUUCCCAAAUAA